AUGGGGCUUGAAUCUCAGAACACAGGUUCUGGGGACAGAGGCGGGGAGACCUCCGCGUCUGCGUCGGUCGGAGCGGAGGGGUCGGGAUUUCCCUCAGGUUUCCCUCCUGCGCGGCGCGGCGCCGCUCUGCCUCAGGCUGUGUUCCUGGGUUACCAAGGCGACCAGCGCCGCGGGCGCCGCGCCCGAGCUCGCGAGGCCCCGCCCCCGCGCCGCGGGCGGCCGCCGAUUGGCCGGUUUGAAAUGCGCCGGGCGGGCGCACUCGGCGGCUCGCGGCGCCGCCGCCCGGCUCUGCUCCCAGUGAGCGCGGUGCCCGCGGCCGCCGAGCGCCCCGAGUCGGCUGUCCACCACGCGGGGCCCGCGGUGGCCGUCCUGCCCCCGCGCCGGCGUCGGGCUCGCCGUGCGGGCGGCGGGAGGAAGGGCCCGGGUGAGCAUGCGGGCGGGGGUGCGCGGGCCCCGAAGGCUAAGAUGCCCAGGAAACCUGUAAUAAAAAAAGGAUCUCAGACAAACCUUAAAGAUCCAGUGGGGGUGUACUGUAGGGUGCGCCCACUGAGCUUUCCCGAUCAAGAGUGCUGUGUGGAAGUGGUUAAUAAUACAACUGUGCAGCUCCAUGCUCCUGAGGGCUAUCGACUUAACAGAAAUGGAGAGUAUAAGGAGACUCAGUACUCAUUCAGGCGGGUAUUUGGCGCUCACACCACCCAGAAGGAACUUUUCGAUGUUGCGGCAAGUCCUUUGGUAGAUGACCUCAUUCAUGGCAAGAAUGGUCUUUUGUUUACAUAUGGUGUGACGGGAAGUGGAAAAACUCACACAAUGACAGGUUCUCCAGGGUCUGGAGGCCUGCUUCCUCGAUGUUUGAACAUGAUCUUUAACAGCAUAGGGUCAUUUCAAGCAAAACGUUAUGUUUUUAAGUCUAAUGAUAGGAACAGUAUGGAAAUACAGUGUGAAGUUGAUGCCUUGUUAGAACGGCAGAAAAGAGAAGCCAUGCCCAUUCCAAAGACCCCCUCUAGCAAGCGACAGGCAGAUCCAGAGUUUGCAGAUAUGAUAAAUGUUCAAGAAUUCUGCAAAGCAGAAGAAGUUGAUGAAGACAGUGUCUAUGGCGUAUUUGUCUCUUACAUUGAAAUCUAUAAUAAUUACAUAUAUGAUCUAUUGGAAGAAGUGCUGUUUGAUCCCAUAAAGCCCAAAAUCCCACAAUCUAAAACGCUCCGAGAAGAUAAGAACCACAACAUGUAUGUUGCAGGAUGUACAGAAGUAGAAGUGAAAUCGACAGAGGAGGCUUUUGAAAUCUUUUGGAGAGGUCAGAAAAAGAGACGUAUUGCUAACACCCAUUUGAAUAGAGAGUCCAGUCGUUCGCAUAGUGUGUUCAACAUUAAACUUGUCCAGGCUCCCCUGGAUGCUGAUGGAGACAAUGUCUUACAGGAAAAAGAACAAAUUACUGUAAGCCAGUUGUCUCUGGUAGAUCUUGCUGGAAGUGAAAGAACCAACCGGACUAAAGCAGAAGGGAACAGAUUACGUGAAGCUGGUAACAUUAAUCAGUCACUGAUGACGCUAAGAACAUGCAUGGAAGUCCUAAGAGAGAACCAGACCUAUGGAACCAACAAGAUGGUUCCAUAUCGAGACUCAAAGCUAACUCAUCUGUUCAAGAACUACUUCGAUGGAGAGGGGAAGGUGCGGAUGAUUGUGUGUGUGAACCCCAAGGCUGAAGACUAUGAAGAAAGCUUGCAAGUCAUGAGGUUUGCUGAAGUAACCCAAGAAGUUGAAGUAGCGAGACCAGCAGACAAGGUGAUAUGUGGCUUGACACCAGGGAGACGAUACAGAAACCUGCCUCGGGGAGGCCCACUUGGAGAUGAACCACUGGUGACUGAAGUGAUUCCACAGAGCUUCCCCCCACUGCCCCCAUACAAGCUUUUGGAUGUCAAUGAUGAGGAGACCCUUCCAAAGCUGAUCGAAACUUUGGAGAGACGACAUCACCUUCGACAGCUAAUGACGGAGGAGCUUAACAAGCAAUGUAUGACUUUCAAAGCCUUAUUAAAAGAACUUGACAGUUCUCUAUCAAAUAAAGAAAACUACAUUCAGGAGAAACUAAAUGAAAAAGAAAAAUUGAUCUCAGGACAAAAAUCAGAAAUAGAACGACUGGAGAAGAAAAACAAAACUUUGGAGUACAAGAUUGAGAUUUUGGAAAAAACAACUACAAUCUAUGAAGAAGAUAAGCGCAAUCUGCAGCAGGAGCUCGAGAGCCAGAAUCAGAAGCUUCAGCGGCAGUUUUCUGACAAGCGCAGAUUAGAAGCCAGGUUGCAAGGCAUGGUGACAGAAACAACGAUGAAGUGGCAGAAGGAGUGUGAGCGUCGGGUGGCAGCCACCCAGCUAGAGAUGCAGAAUAAACUCUGGGUCAAAGAUGAAAAGCUCAAACAGCUGAAGGCCAUUGUGACUGAACCCAAACUUGAGAAGCCAGAGAGACCGUCUCGGGAGCGGGACCGGGAGAAGACCAUUCAGAGAUCUGUCUCUCCUUCGCCUGUGCCUCUUUCUAGUAACAAUAUUGCUCAGAUUUCCAACGGCCAGCAACUCAUGAGCCAGCCACAGCUACACAGGCGUUCUAACUCUUGCAGCAGCAUUUCUGUAGCUUCCUGUAUUUCGGAAUGGGAGCAGAAACUAUCUCCGUUCAGCACACCUGUCAAUGUCACCUCUCUUGCAAGGCGUAGGCAGCAGGAGCCAGGACAAAGUAAAGCGUGUAUCGUGUCAGACAGAAGGCGAGGGAUGUGCUGGACUGAAGGCAGGGAGAUGGUGCCUACGUUCAGCAGUGAGAUAGGCGUAGAAGAGGAGCGUGGCCGCAGGAACACACCAAUUCCUGUACGACACAGAAGGUCCCGCUCUGCAGGGAGCAGAUGGGUAGAUCAUAAGCCUGCCUCUAACGUGCAAACUGAGACAGUCAUGCAGCCACAUGUCCCCCACGCCAUCACAGUGUCUGUUGCAAAUGAAAAGGCGCUAGCUAAGUGUGAGAAGUACAUGCUGACCCACCAGGAACUAGCAUCCGAUGGGGAGAUUCAGACCAAAGUAAUUAAGGGUGAUGUUUAUAAGACAAGAGGUGGUGGACAAUCUGUACAGUUUACUGAUAUUGAGACUUUAAAACAAGAAUCGCCGACUGGUAGUCGAAAACGAAGAUCGUCCACAGUAGCACCUGCCCAACCAGAUGGUACAGAGUCUGAAUGGACCGAUGUAGAAACAAGGUGUUCCGUUGCUGUUGAGAUGAGAGCAGGAUCUCAGCUGGGACCUGGAUAUGAGCACCAUGCACAACCCAAGCGCAAGAAGCCUUGAACUGACAGCCCUGGGAGGAGAAGAAUAUUUUUGUAUUGGUGAUUUCUCCAGAGCUGUGCUACACGCAGUGUCUGAGUCAUCCUGCAGAAGAAUGUAUCUAGAUCACAUUGUUUUUUU